UAGACCCGGCCCUACCGCUGCGUUUGCGUUCUUGAAAGUCUUUGCCUCUUGUCCUUGUCACUAUGCCUGAGCCGGCGAAGUCCGCUCCGGCUCCCAAGAAGGGGUCCAAGAAAGCCGUCACCAAAGCCCAGAAAAAGGAUGGUAAGAAGCGCAAGCGCAGCCGCAAAGAGAGCUAUUCCAUCUACGUGUACAAGGUGCUGAAGCAGGUCCACCCCGACACCGGCAUCUCCUCCAAGGCCAUGGGCAUCAUGAACUCCUUCGUCAACGACAUCUUCGAGCGCAUCGCCGGGGAGGCGUCCCGCCUGGCCCAUUACAACAAGCGCUCCACCAUCACGUCCCGCGAGAUCCAGACGGCCGUGCGCCUGCUGCUGCCCGGCGAGCUGGCCAAGCACGCCGUGUCCGAGGGCACCAAGGCGGUCACCAAGUACACCAGCUCCAAGUGAGCCCCUGCUGGGACGCGGCGCUCGCGCGAGUUGGAGCUGCCGGCCGCUUGACUCCAAAGGCUCUUUUCAGAGCCACCUAUCUCUUCCCUGAAAGAAGCUGUCCCG